GGAGCGAGGAGUUGUGCGCGCGGCGGGGGAGAAGCGGCGGCAAAAAGGAGCUUUCAAAUCCGGGACCCCGCAGGAGCUGCUGUGCUUGGCCGGGACUUGGCUGGCAGCCUCCUACCCCACUUCUAGGUGAUCUGGAUUCUGAACAUGAUCUUGGAUAUUUUGCAACCUGUUGCCUCAGCCUGUGAAAAAAAGGUAGCUGGAUGCUGACCUGCAGAGUCUGCUUCGAUUGAAAGGGAAAACGUUGACUAAAAAGGGAAUUGGGAUUAUAACCUGUUCAGUUGCUUUUCCACUUCAAACACUUCUGAAGCCUGCAGAACCCGGUUUAUGAACUUUUGAGAUUCUUCUCCUGCUUCCCCUUAAAUUCAGGAUAUCAUCUUGGACUAAUUUUUCUCCAUAUGGAAUGGAUAAUUGUAUAAACUUCUUAAGUUCUGCAUGCUACUUUCAAGAACUGUUUUUGCUUUCUAGUUCAAACAUUUCAGUCAAAACAGAGAUUGACUUGAUUUGUCAACUAAGUCUAGAAGAUUAUAUUAAAUGUAGCUCCCAAUUUUUCUAAUAUUGAUGUAGAAUUUAUGGCAAAUAUUGCUUUCAUUUUUUAGGCAAUUUGGAAUUACUUUUUACAAUGAUGUCUGUUUCCUAAAUGAAGAGACAAAGAGCUUUAUUUUUCAUUUUUUAGUGGGGUUUUUUUGUAGUGUUCUGAAGAAGCAAUAUGGGAAUAUCCAGAUAGCUGCUGUGUGUGGAUGUCUGAAUCGACUCUUAGAAAUGAACUUCAUAUUGAAUGCAGACUUUGACUUCUCAGUUCUAUUCUUUAUGUCAUAAAAGGUGUAUUUAUUUCUUUUGGAACUGAUGUUUAUGAUAGUAAGAUAUAUGCGGAAUAGGAAAGUGAAGAAGUGUCAGAAGAUAAGACAGGCUGUUAAAACCAGACUUGUCUGACUUUUUUGAAAAUAACUUUUUGGAGUCCUUAAAUGUGAAGAAUGGGUAGCUGAUUUCCAAUAAUCAGCCCUUGUAUUGCAUAGCUACGGAUGUAGUAUCUUUAAGGAACUCGGAUCAUUACUGCAAGGGAAGCAAACUGGAAAACGCAAAUCACGGAGAGUUAAUGCCAAUCUGUGCAGUUCUCUUGGAUUUUGUUUAUUUUCAACAGAAUCCAGUGCUGCCUCAAAAAAUAUAUAAGAUGGACAAAACAACCUAGUUACAAAGUAUUUGCCAUGAGGUGUUGAAGCCUUGUUUUCACUGAUUUGGAGAGACUGGACCUAAAUGGCGCAGCAUGACUUUGCUCCAGCCUGGCUUAAUUUUCCUACUCCACCAUCAUCAUCAAAGGUGAGGCUAUAUGGUAGGACCUUUUUGAUAGUGGAGCCUUGGCUUUCAAACUUGCUCACCUUGGAAACCAGUCUGCUGCUCAUCUAAUAUAUUUCAUGAUAGUUAUACCUCGCAGCCACAGAACGCAGUCAUCACUGAAUUUUGAGAAGCAUUCCGACAGCUUUUCAUGGACAGAGAAUCGUUAUGAAGUUAACCGUAGGCGACACAAUUCUUCUGAUGGAUUUGAUCCUAGUAGUGGUCGUUCAAAUGGAGGGCAUUUGGGAAGAAAGGAGAGAAAUGGCUGGCGUUCACAAGGUAGAAAUGGCACUGAAAACACACACCACAGAGUGGGAUAUCAUAGCGGAGGUUCACGUGCUCGCGCCAGUAGCUUUCAGUCUGGAAAAAGCCAAGGGUUGCAUGAAAAAAAUGCACCGGAAAGUGAGACUCUGAAAAAGGAAGACAAGGAAGAACCCAAACAAUUUGAAGCCGAAGAUUUUCCAUCCCUGAAUCCUGAAUAUGAGAGAGAACCAAACCAGAAUAAAUCAUUAGCUGCUGGUGUUUGGGAAUAUCCUCUGAACCCAAAAUCUAGAUCUCCACGAAUGCUGGUUAUAAAGAAAGGCAGUACGAAAGAUUUACAGAUAUCUGGAUUCCCUGUAGCAGGAAAUAUUCAUUCACAGUCAGUAAAGAAUGGAACUGGUACAAGUGUCUAUAAAGGUUUAGUUCCUAAACCUGUCAUUCCACCUGCAAAGACAACACAGUGGAAAAGCCAAACAAAAGAUAACAAACUUGGCCCUCCAUUUCCUCAUGAUUCUCCAUAUGGUAUUGGAAACUUUAGUGCUUUCAAAUCUACUGCUAAGGCUGUUGGAUCACAGAAUUCAGUGAAAGAGUGUAAUCGAUCAAAUUCCUCAUCUCCAGUUGAUAAACUUGGCCAGCCUCGCUUAACCAAAUUGACUCGAAUGCGCACUGAUAAGAAGAGUGAAUUCUUGAAGACACUGAAACGGGAUCGAGUGGAAGAGGAGCAUGAUGGGCAAGAGAAGGAUGAUGAUGAUGAAUUUAAUUUACAUAACAGCAACAAUGGUCACGAAGAGAGGGACAUAAACCGAAACUUUGAAAAUGAAAUUCCUCAAGAAAAUAGAAAUGCUAUAAUGAUGUCUCAGCAGAUCAUUCGGUCUUCAACAUUUCCGCAGACCGAUGUCCUUUCAAGCUCACUUGAAGCAGAGCAUCGAUUGUUAAAGGAGAUGGGUUGGCAGGAAGACAGUGAAAACGAUGAGACCUGUGCUCCGCUAACUGAGGAUGAAAUGAGGGAAUUUCAGGUCAUUAGUGAACAGUUACAAAAAAAUGGCCUUAGGAAAAAUGGUAUUCUAAAAAAUGGCCUCAUCUGUGACUUCAAAUUCAGUCCCUGGAAAAACAGCACUUUCAAACCAACAAUUGAGAAUGACGACACGGAGACAAGCAGCAGUGACACAUCAGAUGAUGAUGAUGUGUGAAGAUUUCUAGAGGAUGUCUGCCUUGCAUCUUGUGCAGUUUGAGAAUGAAUCGUUCAAAAGAGGGGAGAACUAUAAUUUUACAUAGUGACAUGCCCCCUUAGAGGAAGGAUCUUUUGGACUCCUCGUGAAGGAACCUAAGAAUGUUGUGUUGAUGAGCUGUGUUGAACAUGACUAUAAUUUCUGUAAAUGAAUGUUGUAGAAAUGAGGACUUUGCCCCAACAUUGACUUUCUUCAUCACUGCAGCAUUUCUCUGACGAGCAAUGUGACAAUGUAAGAGAAUGAGAUUUUCUCAUUUAAUAAUAAUAAAAAGAUUAUGUAAUGUUUGGCAAAGUUUUUGUCUUAAGACUGCAGGUCUAAGGGAGAAAAGGGCAGCUUGACACAGUGUGUUGCUUACUGAGACGGAUUUCUUCUACAGUGGGAAUCUACAGUUUUCACUUUGUGCACAGACAAUAGACAAUAUAGCAUGUUUGCUAAACAAAAAAAAUAAGACAUAAGUGCACUAAGACAUCCAUUUCCUGAACUGUUGUAAUUGUUCCACAUACCAGUAAUUCUCUAGCAGUUUGUACUACAGUAAUUAUGAAAAGACUUGCUUCAAUUCUAAACUUCACAGAACUGGUGUAAAUCAAAAGCUUUAUUUGGAUGCUGCAAGACCCAGGAAUCUGGAUCCUCCACAAUGAGUGCUGAUUCUUUGUGGGGAAAAUAAACAUUAUUUUGAUAAAUUA